AGCAUCCCCUAUCUCGCCCCAAAACCGGAUGCCGUCCAAACCACUCCAAGCACAACUUGCCGAUUCGAUGCUCACCAGAAAAUAAGGUCGGCCAGCCCUUGCACUUGGACUCGCGAGCCAACCGUGACGCCCAUGGCUGAGCCAGCAGAGUCCACCCCAGGGCCCGUCGCAAAGCCCGCCGGAGAGGAGACCCCGGCUCCCGCCGCAGAGCCUGGUGCAGGGCCCACGGUCAUGUCCGUAGCAGCGCCGCCGGCUGUGGUGUCCCUCGUCGUGAACAAGCCCGUCACCCACCGGCCGUGCCGUCUCCGCAUGGGCCAGCAGCAACUUACCCACCCUGACCAGCAGGAGCAGGUGCAGCCGCGGGAGACGCAGGCGCGCAGUGUACCCCCGCGGCGGAGAGCCUUCUGGCUGACUUCCCUGGGCUCGCUGCUCGGCCGCAAGGUGGCGGGAUUGCUCUGGCCGGCGCUGCACAAGCUCGCUCUACGGUUGCUCGUCGACGCUCUGGGCUUCGCCGUUGGGCUGACCGCCUCUCUCGCUGCCGGAUGCGUCCUCCUGGACAGGCGGCGGUCGUUUGACGUCGGCACUCCUCAAGUCCGUCGGGUGCUCGCAGUGACAGACGAGGCCCACCUGGAUCGGCUCCGAGGCUCUCUGCCAGGCUGGGUAAAGGACCCUGGACUAGAGCCGGCUCGGUGGCUGAACCACGUCAUUGCGCGCUUCUGGCAUGUGCUGGACCCCGCGCUUAGCAAAGUAUUCGUCAACAAGCUCUGGCCGGCCAUUUGCAGGCGUAAGGGACUCCCAGAGGACCUGCUCCAGAUUCAGAGCUUUUCCUUCGGAUCGUUUCCACUUGUGGUGGAGUAUGUCAAGGUGGUCGAUUCUCAUGAGUCUGCAGCAACGUUCGAUAUCAAGCUGCAUCUCGCCACUAAUUCCAAUGCAAGAGCCAUUCUGACCCUGCCCAGGGAUGUCCUCAAAUUGCCAGCGAAUGAGGAUGAUAGUGGCUGUGCGUCCACUUUGCAGCUGUCGCACUUCGUGGGGAGCGCCAUCAUGCGCAUGUCGUUCUCCCCGCUGGUCCCCAGGUUUCCCUGCUUUGGGGGCGUCCAACUGUCUUUCAUGGAGAAUCCAGAUAUUGACUUCUGUCUUUCCACAUAUGCUGGCUUUGAUCUAAUGGCGCUGCCUGGCACCUCGUACCUUUUGCGAAGGAAGAUGCGUUCCUCCAUUGCUGGACGGAUGCUGUGGCCAUACCGGUGCACAAUCCGCACAAAGGCAGCAGUGGCAAUGGAUAUGCCCAGGCGAGCAGUUGGCACCGUGACGGUGGAGAUAGUGGAGGCCACAGGGCUGACUCAAGCAGGAAUCUUCAUGUCCCAGAAUAUCCUGUAUCCGUCACCCUUUGUCAAGGCUUACAUUGAUUCAAGUCAUGCGGUGUGCACUGCAACUGAGUCGUUUACCUGCGACCCUGUGUGGCGUGAGGUGGUUCGCCUGCCUGUAAAUGAUCACGAGACAGAUGCCCUGACAUUUGAGGUUCAUGACGCCACAGCACUUCUGGUGGAGGGGUUGAUUGGUUCCUGUGUUCUUCAUGUCAGCAAUUUGCAGCCAGGAACACCGCAGCACUUCACACUUGGGCUUUGGAGCAACCGUGGCCUACCAUGUGGUGAGCUGGAGCUCAUAGCCACCUUCCGAAUCCUGCAAAGCGAGACAAUGCCUCGAAAGCUUCUAUCGGAAGACUCGGCCCUGGCGAAGCCUGGAAUGCCACCUCGCUUGCAGAUUCUUGCUGAUGGGCCUGGCUUGCUGGAAGUGGCGGUGUGGAGAGGUUUGGAUCUAGACGCAAGCAGUUGGAUGGGAAGAAACCCCGAGGAAGCUCAAUUUCUGUGCAAGCUGUUCCUUGCUGGAGAGGAACGAGUGACCAAGGUUGCUGAAGGGAGGGGGAAUCCACAAUGGGAAGAAUCGUUCGAAUUUCUGCUUGAUCACCCACCAGCAACUGAGAAGCUCCUGGUUGAGGUGUGGAACAGAAUGCCAGAAGCAAUGCUGGUUGCUUCUGCAGACAAGUUAGUGGGUUCAGUGGAGAUUCCCUUGUGUGAUGUGCUGAAGAACAAACGCAUUGUUGAUCUCUUCCAGCUCCGUCACACAAAGCAGGGUAUCUAAAACUGGAACUUCAGUGGCGCAUGCUGAAACCAGCUGAUUAGGCUGAAUGUGGUAGUACAGACUGCAGGGAAUGUUGGUGUUGGUGCGUGUCAUGCCUUGCAAUAGUUGGCGAAUAAAAUGGCCAAGCCAAG